GGGAAAGUUCUGCUCCCUCAGGGCGGCGGCGGGGGCGGCCGGGCCGCGCCGCGCUCCUUCCUCCUGCUCCUUCCUUCUCCUCUUCCUCCUUCCUGGCGGCGGCUCCGAUGCGGCGGAAGCAGAAGCGGCUGCUGCAGGCGGUGGGGCUGGCGCUGGCCGCCCUCGUCUUCUUGCCCAACGUGGGGCUGUGGUCCCUCUACCGCGAGCGGCAGCUGGAGGGCGGCGGGGCGGCCGGCGGGGAGGGGGCGGCCGCCGCCGCGGGCCCGCCGGGGGCAGCGGCCGGCGAAGCGCCGGCAUCAUACAUGAGGCAAAAGAAAGACCUUUACUUUGGUGAUGGACAAAGGAAAAAGGAUUGGCAUAACAAAGAAGCUAUAAGGAGGGACUCUGAGCGUGUAGGAAAUGGAGAACAGGGGAAACCUUACCCAAUGACUGAUGCAGAGCGAGUGGACCAGGCGUACAGGGAAAAUGGCUUUAAUAUCUUUGUGAGUGAUAAAAUUUCUCUGAAUCGUUCCCUUCCAGACAUCAGACAUCCAAACUGCAAGAGUAAGCUGUACCUGGAGAAGCUUCCAAACACUAGUGUGAUAAUACCGUUCCACAAUGAAGGAUGGUCCUCCCUCCUCCGGACAGUGCACAGUGUCCUAAACCGCUCCCCUCCUGAGCUGAUAGCAGAGAUAGUGCUGGUGGAUGACUUCAGUGACAGAGAACACCUGAAGAAACGCCUGGAAGAUUAUAUGGCCCAGUUCCCAAAUGUAAGAAUCCUCAGAACCAAAAAGAGAGAAGGGCUGAUAAGAACUCGAAUGCUGGGGGCCUCUGUGGCGAUAGGGGAUGUCAUCACCUUCUUGGAUUCCCAUUGUGAGGCCAACGUGAACUGGCUGCCGCCUCUGUUGGAUCGCAUUGCCCGAAACCGCAAGACUAUCGUUUGCCCUAUGAUUGAUGUUAUUGAUCAUGACCACUUUGGAUAUGAGACUCAGGCUGGAGACGCAAUGCGAGGUGCAUUUGACUGGGAGAUGUAUUACAAGAGGAUCCCUAUUCCUCCUGAGUUACAGAAAAUUGAUCCCAGUGAUCCCUUUGAGUCUCCUGUAAUGGCUGGAGGACUGUUUGCAGUCGAUAGAAAGUGGUUCUGGGAGCUGGGAGGGUAUGAUGCAGGUCUGGAGAUAUGGGGAGGAGAGCAGUAUGAAAUAUCCUUUAAGGUAUGGAUGUGUGGAGGUCGCAUGGAGGACAUCCCUUGCUCUAGAGUUGGUCAUAUCUACAGAAAAUAUGUUCCAUACAAGGUUCCAACAGGAGUCAGUCUGGCAAGAAACUUGAAGCGGGUGGCUGAGGUGUGGAUGGAUGAAUAUGCAGAGUACAUAUACCAGCGUAGACCAGAGUACCGGCAUCUUUCUGCAGGGGACGUUGCAGCUCAGAAGGAACUUCGCAACAACCUCAACUGCAAAAGCUUCAAGUGGUUCAUGAACGAGGUCGCGUGGGACUUGCCAAAGUUUUACCCACCAGUGGAGCCUCCAGCAGCUGCCUGGGGAGAGAUACGCAAUGUAGGAACUGGACUGUGUGUGGAUACUAAGCAUGGAGCCCUGGGAUCCCCACUGAGGCUGGAAAACUGUGUGAAGGACAGAGGAGAGGCAGCAUGGAACAAUGUGCAGGUAUUCACAUUUAGCUGGAGAGAAGACAUUCGUCCCGGGGAUCCUCAGCAUACCAAGAAGUUUUGUUUUGAUGCCAUUUCCCACAGCAGCCCUGUGACCCUCUAUGACUGUCACGGAAUGAAGGGGAACCAGCUGUGGAGAUACCGAAAAGACAAGACCCUCUACCAUCCAGUAAGCAGCAGCUGUAUGGACUGCAGUGAAAGUGACCGAAAGAUCUUUAUGAAUAGCUGCAAUCCUUCAUCUCCAACACAGCAGUGGAUAUUUGAACAUACAAACUCAACUGUCUUGGAAAAAUUUAACAGAAAUCUUGAUCUUUAAAAGACUGAGAAAAUAUAUAUAUAUAUAUUUUACAGUUAUAGUUUUUACUGGGGAGGGUUACAAAAAAUUUUUUUAAGAAUACUUUUUUUUAAACAGUUAAUGAAGGUAAAAGGGAGAAUCUCAGGAGAAGGUUAAUUAGCAGGCCAGUCUUUAUUGCAAAGAUGCUGCAUCCUUCUCUUCUGGGGAUGGUGGAAUUUUAAAGGCUUUGCCAGAGCCACUUCUGUGCUGAGACUAAACAGAAACUCUGUUUCUAAAGGAGUCUGAAUGUGAUUCAAAAUGCUUGCUUUUUUUUUUUUUCUUUGUCUAAUUUCCCACCUGGGUCUGGUGUUGAAUAAUUUUGUUAUCCAGGACCCUCCAGGACUUUCUGUAGCUGCUAUACUACCCACUGAAGUGUUCCCACAUAGGUGCUUUAUCUUCCAAAGUCCAUAUAAGUAAAAUCUUGAACAUAAGAUUUAAUCUUUCAAUCAAAAAAAAAGGCCAUCAAAAUGUAAAAUGAAUAUUUUAUUUUUUUCUUUGCCCUAAACCAAAAUAUAUUUCAAACAGGUUGAGUAUUAUUACUUUCCAAGUCAUAGCUCUGAUAAAGGAAUGAGGUCUAGUGGAAGUGCAGCCAAGUGUUGGGAAUAUUGCUGUAGUUAUUAGCAAUGAGGAAUCUGGGUUUCUGGUCCGUUCACUUUGCAGUCAGUUUGUCACUCACUGUUGAAUCUUCAAGGUGAAAGAUUAGCAGAGGGUUUUUAAGUAAGCACAGUUCUUACAGGUGAAGAUUUUGCUAAGAGCCUUUGGAUAUCAGGUGCCUCUUAUUCAGAAUCUCUUUAGCACAGACACCUCUAGGGUUUGUCAGAGUUAAAUCUACUACAUGAAGGCAACUUCCAUUUUUCCUUCAGAGGUUUGAAGGCUAAUUUAAUUCACAGUUGGCGUGAGCAGGUUAAUUCAGAAUAAUUAAGUCAGGGCUGAGAUUAGCCAUUGGUCUUUACCCAUGUGUUCAUUGGUCUGUAGUUUGUUGCAGUCGUGAGUCCUGUAGUCAGUAGUGUUCUAGGAUUGUGGGAAUGUGCCAUUAAUCUCUCCUCUUUUCCCAACAUCCACAGCACUGUACAGUUUACUGUGACUGGAAAUCUGUUUGCUUAAGCAGAGAUGUAGGGUUGAUGGGCCCAUUUCACUCGUACCCUGUCCCUUGUGUAGACAGUUAGCAGUGCAAGGUAUCCUUCUGGUUUGGCUGCAGGACCUGCCAGACACUGACCCAGAAUUGUCUCAUCCCAGGAGCUGGAAAAAAGUAUUAAUGCUAAAGGACGAAUGGAGGACCAUUAUUUUCAAGUCUGUCUGAAGCAAGUGUUUAAAAAAAUCCCACACUGAUUUAAAAUUAAGAUGUUGCAAAAACAGAUUUACUAGUUCAGUUGACUUAGUCUUAUACUGAAGGCAGCAGCAGCAUAUUCAAGUAAAAGCUGUGAAUGACGGCACAGUUAACCUUUUGCAAAGAUGCUGCAUAAAUCAAUAAAACUAGCUCUUUUCCAGUAAUUGCCCAGCUCCACAGUUUGUCCAACUGCCCAUGCAGGAAUGUUGCAAGAGUAGAUAGUGUGCAGCCAGCUCUGGGAGUAAAAGACUGAAACACUCAGGGUAGGAUAAGGGGCACUCCUCUGAGACUCUUGAUAAGCAUGGUUAAUGGACUCCUCCUCCUUGGAGGGACAAGGAAGCUGCUCUAGGGUGUCUUUUUCUCAUAUGAAGGCAAGAUUUUUGCUUAGUGUCAAGAAACAAGCAGGCUGGCUCCCUCUGCAGAGCUCCAGAAGUAAGAAGCCCUUUCUGAUAGUGCCAAUUGUAGUGUCAUUGCCCAUGUUUCAGAUGUCUUUGAGGCCAAGUAGUGCUGUGUCUGUCACCUGGGAGCAAACUAGGACACAACUAUUUGCCUCUCAAGUUCUCAAGUCUGGUAUAUUGACUACGAGGCUCAAAAUCAUUUUCCCCUCUCAUCCUCACAGCUGAGACUGUGUCUGGCCUAUUCUGCCAACUUGCCUGGUACGUGCAGUCACGAAGCAAGGGAAACACGGUCACUGUGUUACAGCCAGGGCCAGGCUUGCCAAAUGUGUUGGUGUCUAACAUUUUGGGAAUGAAGGAAGAAAAAAAUCUCUAGGCUUUCCUCAUGACAAUUUUGCAGAAGCAUUCCUGUGGAAGAGAGACCAGCAUCAAAGAGAGUUGACAUCUUAUGUUCUCAGUAACUACAAUACAUCUGUCAUUAGGAUCCCUUUUCAUUUCUAUGGCAGAGUCACCUUCCAGUGCUUUGUGUCUGACUGUUGCUUUCCUUAAGUUAUUAAUCCUCUCAUUAGUCUAGUAGUGCUGACUGUGCAUCACUAGAUGGCCUGACUAGAUGUCUUUAUGAAUGUUUUAAUACCUGUGGAUCAAGAAGCUGUUUGUCCAUGAACAGUGCUAGCUUUUGUCAUUGGGACACAAUCAGCAAACUAUAUAAAUGGACUGUAGGUCAUUCUGCUUGCAGCUUGCAACUUUGUGUGUCUCAGAAGUUAAUCCUCUCAUUAGAAAACUGUUUCUAGAAUGCAUGGCUUGCUUUGUACUUGGGCUCACCAUGUGAAGAGUCCUAGCUGCUCGGCUUGCUGGACACUUGCUUCAGAGAGAACUGCAGUAACAAACAGGUCUUUUACCACUUAGUGAUCUUAAUUUGGAGAGAAAGGACAGCUCUUAGCAGUUUGCACCAAAAGAUGAGAUCAUUGUUGAGGCAAUUCCUGUUUAACAACCAACCACCAGUAUAUGGAAACUGGAGCUUUAGCGUGAGUGGUUCUACUGAGUCUUUCUCAGUAUGGUUGAUCUGAUCUGUUUUCUAAAGGUUUGGGAUCUGAGUGUGAUAAGCACCUCACAAAAUCUGUCCACUUCUGACUGGCUCGCUGGGCUUUGAGCUAUUAAUUUAUUUAUAUCAAUUAUACUUCUCAAUACCCUAGAGGCUUUGCUGGCUAAUGAGAAGACUUAAUGUAGCCAACCAUCCACUGAUUGAGAAAUAGAAGCUGUAUUUCAUCAUCUACAUCUUUAAUUGAGCCUUUGCUGGGCAAUCUGGUUAAUUAUUCUAAUUACUUUUGGUUAUUUGUAAGCAAAAUUGCUAAAGCAUGAAUACAUAAGCGACUCUUCACAUCUGCAUGCAAGUCGAGACUGGAGAUUAAAUACCAGUGAUUAUCUAAUGCAAAACAAAUGUUUUCAUAUUUUUUCCCCAAAAGUAUUCAAACACCCCACUCUCUGUGGCUGCAUAAAUUCCGCUGCUUUUAAGUAUCAGAAUCCCAGACAACAGGGGGAUCCCUGGAUGUGUGUUAUGUUGCAUAAUAAUACCUUGAUUUGCUCUUAAAGCUGUUGUUGAUUUAUACUGGUGCUAAUCUCAAAGGCCUACAGAGUAAUAGGUUUGGGGCUCCUAUGUGUGCAAGGUGUCUUUUUUUCAUGCCUGGGAAAUUAACUUUCUUUUCCACACAUAACAGAAGAACAUGUGAGCCUUACUGAAAGGGGAAUACAGCAUCAUUAAAAUAAAGAUGUGCCUUUUUAAAUGUAAAUGUACAGCAAAUGCUUAAACUUGAACCAUUUCCUAGUGCCUUGCUGGACAAGAGAGAAGAGGGAAAGGGGUUGGGAGAUAAGGAUGUAAGAGAAAGCCUGACUCGUACAGUGUUUGUUUGUGUGUGGUUUUUAAAAUGUCUGACUUCAAGUGCAAAAUCUGUGUGAACAAUAGUAGCUCAGAAGCUCCUGGAUUUCCUCAGUUCAAUUGAUAUCAUUAAUCACUCUGGGGGAGUUUGUCACUCCUAAUAGAAAAACUCAGAAAGGAUGGCAGCUUUCUUUUGGUACGCUGUAACAACUAAAGCUAGACCAGAGGAUGUCUUGGUUCACCUCGUGGUGAUGGCUCAUGCAUUUCACCUGCAUGCAAGAUCCUGCAUUUUAUUUUCUAAAUAUCCAAAUCAGAAAUCACAAAUAGUCCCAAAGGCAUAUAAAAUCUGUAGCAGAAGUGUCUUUCAGAAAGUCGAUGCCUUCCGUCACUGGGAAACUUAAAGGGUGUGUUCAAAUCUAAUACAGAAGUAGCAAGAAAGCAAUUUGUCAGUUUAACUUUCUUCCUGGCUUGGUUUACAUUAGUCUAUGCACAGGGCUUUGCUUUCCUUUACUGGAGAGUUCCAGUCAACAAACCUUCGUUCUCCCUGCUGCACUGAGACAUCAAUGUACUGAAAGUCAAACAGGCACCACCAGCAACUGGCAUUGCAAGAACACAGUGCUCUCGUAGCUACUGUGGGAUCAUUAUAGUAACUGUGCUGGCUUACAUCACCAAGGGGAAAGGAGAGAGGUCUCCCAAAAGUCAUAUUGGGCAAUCGUGUAACUGCUGGAUAAAAAGGGAGAAGCUUUUAUUUUAAAUUGUCUUUCAAGAUAGGGACAGACACUUGAAUGGUUUUAACUGGAGAGAACAGCCCUCUAGCAGUCAGCCUGCCACACUCUCAUUUGAAAGAGCCCUGGUAAAGUUAUGUCUGAAACAGUCUGGCUCUGUUAGCACAAGACAUUUAGGUGUACCUUGCAUCCCACAUCCACUCCCAACUGCUCUGGUUCAUGUUCCUACUGACCUACUGUAUUUCUAACCACUCGCAACAAAGGAGCCUGGUGGUGCCUCAGUUGGUCCUUCUCUGACAAGCGGCAAUCUAGGUUUCUAUUUUAACAAUCAUUUAGUAUGAGAAGCUUCUUAAAUAGUUAGCAAACUGUUGCCAAAAUGGUGAGUAGCUUUAGGUUAAUGUCAGAGUCUGGGGGAUGGGAUUAAAAGGUCUUUCACAGGAUACAGAGCAAAAGGGGAGCUGGACUGGGAGUCAGGAACACUGGGUCCUGCUCCCAGUCUACUAGUGGUCUAAUACUUGAUCUUAAGCAAGGAAAGUCUGUGUGCUGCAAUUUCCAAACCUGUGUAAGAUUUAGCUUUAAGUGCUUUAUUUGCUGACCUAAUGACUGUUCAGUCCAUAUUUUAAAACAAGUUGCAUAUUUUAAAAGUCACCUGGUUUGAGUGGAGAGGAAAAUGGGAAAACUGAGAUCUGAAAUUUCCAGCAGCAUUCAACACAGUGGUCAAUUCAUUUCACAUUCCUCAUUAACCAGUCAGACUGAUUUAUCCACAUUAUUAAUUUAAAGUGUAACCAAAAUAAACUCACCUGAUUGCUCCUUUGUAGUUUCAUGCUUUAACUUGGAGACCUCUGUAUGAAACUAGGCAAUGGUAGAUUCUGGAAAUCCUAAUAAAAAUCCUAUGUCUAUUUUUCUGACUCUGCCUGUGCUAGCUGAGUAUAUUCCAUUAUUCUCUGCAUUUGAGCUUUCUUGAUGCUUCUGUAUGACCCAAAAGGCUUCAGUGAUUCCAUCAGAUGUGAGAGAUUUGGGAGUUUUAUAUAAACCCACUGGAUCUAUGUGGUCUUAAAUCUACUAGUUCAACUUUAGGAAAAAAAUCCUAAUCCCAAUUAGUGAGGAAGCAAAUGUGAACUUCAACCACAAAACAAGAUAAAAGCUGAUCAAGAUAAUAGACUAAAAUGUUAGCCCUUAUGAUAACAAUAACAAAUAGCUUUAGCCUCUAGGGUGGAGAAGGGAAUUAGUUUCAAAAUGCAUUCUCCAGGAUCUCAGUGAUAAGGUCUGUUUGUCUAUUCCUUGUACUGCAUGCAUUCUAUCUGUAAAACUGGAUGGUGCCUCUUGAAUCAGUGUGUAUUUAUUUUGUUCAUAUUAGGACCAACAGCCUAAUAUCUGGGGGUGGUAAAGGACUUGUAGCACUUUAAUGUAGUAGCUUUCAUAAAUUGGGAAUCAUUGAUAGAAUGCCUAGUGUUUUUAAAGUUGAAUGGACUUCCUUUUAUAAUAUAUUUAAAAUAAAUUUUUAAUGUGUUUUCUGAAAA